CUGGAGGAGGAGCAGGAUGUUCAUCCGGCCCGGCUGGUGAGUCCUCCUGAGAGCCUCGUCCUCCUGUAGGAAGAGCAGGAUUUUCAUCCGGGCCGGGAGGUGAGACCUCAUGAGGCUCUGGUCUUCCUUCAGGAGGAGCAGCAGGUUGAUCCUGCCCAUGAGUUGAGUCUUCCUGGGGGCCUGGUCCUCCUGCAGGAGGCGCCUUGGUUCCACCCUGCCCGGGUGGGGACUCCUCAAGAGGAGCUGGGCCUCUUGGGAGAGGAGCAGAGGGUUCAUCCUCCCCUGGGGACGAGUCCCCACGAGGACGUGAGUGUCCCUCUGAAAGAGCCAGAGGUCCUCCCUGCCCGGGUGCUGAGUCCUCCUGUGGUCUUGGGCCUCCUCUGGGGGCUGCUCCAGGGUCUUUCCGCUCGGCUGGCGUCUUGGCCUCUGGCUCCGGGUCUCCUGCUGGAGGUGUGAGAGAGGAAGAGCUUUGGUGCCUGCCCGCCUUGCCAUGUGCUCUUCCAAGGAGAGCAGUCUUCCCAAAGCCUUCCCGACCGGUCCCGGCCAGCCCCUUCUGGCUCUGCUCUCCUGCAGGCGGGGCGUGUGCCUUUGUCUUGGCUCCUGGCCCAACACCAUCCUCUGGGGACUCCCCACUGUGCGGCCCCCACCUCAGCUCCCCCCACCGCGCCCAGAGCCCCGGCCCCCUCUUCUCACCUUCAGGCUGGGCCUCAGGGGGGGCCAGGCCUUCCAGGGUUGUCAGGCUCGUGUGGACGGUGUCUUCAUGGCCACAGCUGGCGGUCCUGCGCUCCCCACCAGCCCGGCAGAGGACCCCGGGGAGCGGCCUGCGUGGAGGUUCCUCGGGUGGCCUUCUGCCUUCCUCACCCAGCUCCUGGCGGGUCUCAGGUUCUGCAGGCUUGGCAGAGGCCAUCUCUGCCGCGACGACGCCUGCGGCCUCGGCCUCGGCCCCGGGAGAGCGGGAUGCAGCAGAGCCAGUCCAUCCCUCCUCCGUCCUCUCCUGGACUGGACCAGAAGACCCACUUUCCAAAGAGAUUGGCUGGAGUUCCCACUGGGGCUCAGUGGGUUCGUGCUCCAGUCGUGUCUGUGGAGGCACCCGUUGGAUCUCCAGCCCUGUGCGGUGGGGAAAGGAUCGGGCAUUUCGGCAACGGUGCUGUGGGUCGUAGGCGCGGCUCAGAUUCCAUCCCUGGUCGGGAACUUCCAUGUGCCACAGGGGCGAGCCACUCUGGGGGCAGAAGCCAGGUCCAGCCUUGGGUUCCCGCUCGGGCCCCGCUCCAGCUCACCGGGUCCUCGGGAUGACGGCAGCCCUCUUCGGGGGCCCAAACCCAGAUGUGGGGCAGGCCAGAGGAGCCCGGCCCACCCCCAGCAGCACGCACCCCCAAAGGUCUCCUCCUGCCCUUCCAGGCCUGCCGGCCCCCUCGCCACCCGCCUCAGCAGGCCUCUUCCAGGGCUGCUCCCCCCGGGGGGUCCUGCCAAGCUGCCCCCGCCCCCUCGGCCUCCAUGGGACCCUGGCUCCUGCGGGAUCUCGUCGAGCCCUUCUCCAGGCCUUCCUUGCCCCUGCCUGACCCUCCACACUCGGCUCAGCACCCGCUCGUCCGCUGGGGGCCUUGCCCGGCUGUUUGGCCUCCUCCCGGAGCCGGCCACAGGGCAAGGCACAUAGAAGUUCCCAGGCUAGGAGACAGAUCAACACUGGAUCGUUUAGCCAGUGAGCAAGGCCAGGGUUGGAACCUGCAUCCUCAUGGAUACCCGCUCUGCAAAUCAGGAGGUUCUUGACACUGUGCAACCACAUCCAAGAAUGAAUGCGACCCUGCGCUUGGUGAAAGGGCAGCUGCUGUGCACGAGUGCACAACCCCCCGCCCCCGCCGUCAAUUCAGCUGACUUUGGACGGUCCUCCAACGGUUUCCUGGCUCUCGGAGUUCCCGUCGUGGCUCAGCGGUUCACGUGCCUGACGCACAUCCCUGAGGAAGCGGGUUCAAUCCCUGGCCUCACUUGAGGGGAAAGGCUCCGGCGGGGCCGAGAGCUGUGGUGUGGGCCCCAGACACGGCUUGGAUCCCCUGUCGCUGU